AGUAGGUGGGAGGAUGUUGAGUCGGUUGCAGCAGCGUUUUCUGGCAGCGCUGCAGCUUCAGAACAGCAGCGAUGCUCUGAACAAACAGUCACACCUUCAACCGGUUGCUGUGAAGCACUUUGAGCUCCUCUACUUUCCACCAGCACCUUGAGACAAAGAGCUGAAUCGGCCUCCAGGCUUCGCUCACCGCAGCACAAACGUGAAUUUUAACAUUGGUUGGUUGGCGAGUCACUUGAGUCGGUUUGUGGCGGGAGCUGAAGCCUUCAGGCAGGUGAUUGGAUGCAGCGAUGACGGCGAAUCAGUGACGCAUCAUCAGAUCACCACCGAGGAAGAAGCAGCGACGUCGCCCUCAGACAUGGCCGGUGUUCGGUUACAGUAGUCGACCCAUGUGGACCAGAUACCAGGAGGAGACCCCAAGCUUCACCGAUCCUCCGUCCUCCGACUCCAAGCCAACCGUCACUCCAAUCCGUUCGUCCUCAGGUGUCGAUGAACCAUGGACGUCACCUGGCUCUGCGUUGCCUUGUCCGUUGCCGUCGUCAUUGCUGUUGUCCUCCUCGUCGUCACCUGUGUGGACUGCAGGAAAAAAGGCCCGAUGGCCUCCAUCACGCAGACCGCUUCAGAGGAGUACGUGCCAUCCCCGCAUUUCAGGGUCAUCCAUCCAUCCCAGCCAACCACUGACCUGAACUCCCUCCGCCCCCCCGUCAGCCAUCCGUCACCUUUCCCCAAUCGACCCGGUGAAACCGUGUGGCAACCUUCACCCUACCCUCCAUCAGAAACAGAGAGCAACCCAAGUUAUGAGAAUCCAGGACCUGAAUCUUUGGAGAGCGAAGCUGAUGAAGCCGGAUCCGGAUACAUAAUCGUGAUACCCGAAGGACAAAAUCCUGUGACCAAUCGGAGCGGAGCCUCAACGCCCAGUUCAGAUGUUCAGAACGACCACGACUACGUGAACAUCGAAAUCUCAAAGGAAGCUUUAACAGACUAUCUGAAUGUGGACCCGCUGUACAAUCAAAGGCCGACAUCAGCGACGACGGCUACAAGUGACAGUGACGACGACGAUGACGACGAUGAAAUAGGAAACUACGUGAACCAACAACCUAUGAUCCACAGCUAACCAGGUGCAUGAUGGGACAGGACGAUCGACUGAGCUUCAUUCUUCUUCCUUCACAAAACUGCUGAUGGUGUUUCUUUAAAGAGCUGGGAGAUGUUUCCUCACCGAGAACUGAGUCUAUUUUCAUCAGUUCUUGUCUAGUUCUUGAGAGUUUUCAUUCUUUACACAGAAGAAUGAGAAGAAUUCCUGCUCAUCUUCAAUGUCACAUUUAAAUUGAUUUUAGGUUUUUUUAUUACCUUUUCAACCAUCUGUUCUUUCCUACAAUCUAAAUCUGUCCUACACACAGAGGAGCUACAAUGUUUGAGCUUUACUUUGACUUUACUGACAAUCCUGAGAAUGUCUUGAUUCGCUAAUGAUCUAUUUAUGUGUUGUUGUCGUGGUUACUGUUGUCUCCAGGUCUAUAAUCCAACUGUGUGAACGAGAAAUGUUUUAAGCAACUACAAUUCAAUUAAACAUUUACAAGCCUUGAA